ACUGGGUGCUUCAGCUGAGUAGUUUGUGUGGUGAAAGGAAAGCUCUCCGUUGAUAAUAUCUAUGCAGCAUAGGACCCACAUCACUUCUACCUGGGGCUGUACCCAAGGUGUGCAGCGUGUGUGCAUUGCAGGGCACGGUUCCACACACGCUAUCAAAGGAAUGUGAAGAGAUGAAUUGAUUUUUUAGCCUUUCUGUACAAAAUUCUUCCCGCACAUUCAGCAGUUUAUCAGCGUUCAGCACCUUACUAUUAGGAAACCACUUUCCCUCCAGGAGUUUGUCAUGAUAACUCAGUUUGCCAGACGGACUUCCCGACGGCCAGGAAUGUUAAGCUGGUGCGAAUGGUGGGCUAUCCUGAUGGGAUGUGCAAUGGUGGAAUAUUGCCAAAUGACCCUGGUUCAGCCAGGACGCAACCAAGUGGAAAAUCGGCUUCCCUCUCACCAUCACAUCAAACAGAAAUGGAUGUGGAACCAGUUCUUUGUAUUGGAAGAGGAGCUUGGAACGGAACCAUUCUACAUUGGCAAGCUACAGCUCCACUCAGGUUCAGACAAUGGCAAUGGUUCUCUGAGAUACAAUCUGACAGGUGAUGGAGCCGGGACUAUAUUCACCAUCGAUGAGGAUAAAGGAGACAUUUAUCUCAUAAAGAAGCUGGAUCGAGAGGUGAAGCCAUAUUACAUCCUGCGGGCACAAGUGGUGGACAGAGCAACCAACCAGCACGUGGAACCAGAGUCAGAGUUCAUGAUUAAAGUCCAGGACACCAAUGACAAUGAACCCCAGUUUUUGGAUGAACCAUAUGUUGCCACGGUGCCUGAAAUGUCACCGGAUGGAACCUUCGUUACUCAAGUGACAGCAACAGAUGCUGAUGAUCCAUCCCAUGGGGGCCAUGCCAGGAUAGUGUACCAGAUCCUGCAGGGACAACCAUACUUCUUGGUUGAGCCAACAACGGGAGUUAUCCGCGUUGCUUUACCGAACAUGGACAGGGAGGCCAAAGAUGAGCAUGUGGUUAUUAUAGAGGCUAAGGACAUGGCUGGGCUAAAGGGAGGUCACUCAGCAACAACGACUGUGACCAUCACCUUGUCUGAUGUUAAUGACAACAGACCAAAAUUCCAGCACAAGCUGUACCAUUUCUAUGUGCCAGAGUCGGGCAAUGUUGGGUCCACUGUCGGGAGGAUAAUGGCGACGGAUGUUGAUAUUGGGCAAAACGCAGAAAUGAACUACACGGUAGAAGCUGGCGAUGGUUCGGAUUCAUUUGGCAUACUUACAGAUAGUGAGACCCAGGAAGGUGUCAUCAUAUUGAAGAAGCUACUGGACUAUGAGAGCAAGAGGAGAUUUAGAAUCAGAGUGGAGGCAAUCAACAAAUACAUUGAUCCCCGACUCCUCAACCUCGGACCGUUUAAAGAUGUCACAAAUGUCAAAAUCAAUGUGCGCGAUGUCGAUGAGCCGCCAUUCUUUAUCGCUCCCGAAUACAUUUUCAAGCUCCGGGAAAACAGAGAAGCUGGCGCCUUUGUCGGGGAGGUGACAGCAAGGGACCCAGAUGCAGCAAACAAUUCAAUCAGGUACUCCAUUGACCGUCAUACUGACAUGGACAGGAUUUUCAACAUUGAUGCGAAGAAUGGAAGCAUAACAACAUCUCAACCCCUUGACCGUGAGGCAGUCCCCUGGUACAAUUUAACAAUCUCAGCAUCGGAAGCAAGUGAUCCAAAGAAAGUUACUUCAGUCUCGGUGCACGUUCGGGUUCUCGAUGACAAUGACCACGCUCCGGUAUUCCCGAUUCUGUACGAAACAUUUGUGUGUGAAAACGCCAAGAGCGGACAGCUUAUUCAAGCCAUCAGCGCAGUGGACAAGGAUGAGCCUCCAGAAGGACAUCACUUUUACUUUACCCUGGCGUCAGAUGCUGCCAGUAAUCCCAAUUUUACUGUUAGAGAUAAUCAAGAUAACACCGCCGUGAUUCUGACUCGGAGAGCUGGUUUUAGUCGAGCAGAACAGGCCAUUCACUUCCUGCCCAUCCUGAUAAGGGACAACGGAACUCCUUCGCUCAGCAGUACCUGCACCCUCACUAUCCGAGUGUGUAGGUGCAUUAACAAUGGCAUUGACCAAUUAUGCAAUGCCGAUCCCUUCUUUCUGCCCGCUGGCCUCAGCACUGGAGCUCUCAUUGCCAUACUAGUCUGUGUCCUGAUGAUAUUAGCAUUUAUCUUGCUUCUUCUGGCACUCAGGCAGCACAAGAAAGACCCUCAGUUUGCUCAUGAAGGUGACGACAUCCGGGAAAACAUAGUCAGGUACAAUGAUGAAGGGGGAGGCGAAGAGGACACAGAAGCUUUCAACAUGGCCACCCUGAGAAACUCUCGGGUCGGGCACGGCUCCAAGGCACGGAAAGAUGUAAAGUCCGAAAUUCCGUCCCUGUACAGGCAGUCGCUCCAUAUCAUGCCAGAUAAUGCCAUUUUUCGAGAGUUUGUCAGGGAAAGGCUGAACGAAGCUGACAACGAUCCCACUGCUCCCCCGUUUGACUCCCUGCAGACGUACGCGUUUGAGGGGACUGGGUCAGUCGCGGGGUCCUUGAGCUCCUCGGCUUCCUUUGCCUCUGGCUCAGACGAACAUUAUGAUUACCUCAGUGACUGGGGGCCACGCUUCAGAAAGUUGGCGGACCUGUACGGGAAUUGUGGAAGUCGCCCGGCUACCUGAGGCGAGAGAAGGACAUUUAAGUAUCACAGCUACAGAUACUUUUCGGGCAUUGUGCCUCUGACAUUGAUCGUCAUUCCCCUGCAAGUGCACAUUGGAAGUUCAGCCACCUGCCGCAAGCAAUUUUCUAGCCAUUUAUUUUAACGACCAGAAAACCAUUUGCGCCACACCUGAGUUUCUGACAUGCACAUCCAGCAACGACCCCCCUGUAAUUGAAACUUCAAUAUCAGAAAGUUACCUGGAGUCAGGUGUUUUCCACCUAGAAUUUUUAUCCAUAUGUUUAGAAGGUAGUUGGAAACUUCUCAGGAGCAAUCCGAGUGACAAAUGGGCUUUCAAUGAGAAUGUCUUGAGGAAAGGCUUGUGUUCUGAUCCCACUUCAUUCCAAUUUUAGCAUCUGAUAUAGAUUUGGGACCUCUGAUGCUAAAGAAUGAAGAGAAAUAUUUAUCAUACUAACUAAUAUGAUUGACCAUGGGAUUGUGAAUGUGAAUUCACAAGCGCCAAUAAGAUCUGCCUCACAUCACUAUCCAAAGUCAUUCUGUUUGUGAGCUACAGAGUUAAGGGGUUAGGAAUGGCUCAGUGGUAGCACUCUUGUCCCUGUGCCUCAAAGAUUGUGGGUUUAAGCCCCACUCUCGGCACUUGAGCCCAUAAUCCAGGCUGACUCAGCCAGUGCAGUAUUGAGGGAAUGCUGCACUGAUGGACGUGCUCGUCCUUCUGAUGAGAUAUAACACCAGCUCUGAGGCAGAUAUCAAAGAUCCUAUGGCACUUCUUUGAAGAAAAGCUGCUGUGCUUUCUCUCUCUCUCUUUCUGCUGUCCUGGCCGAAAAUGUAUCAUGGUCAUUUUAUAUGGUCAUUAUUGUGUUCCUGUUUGGGGAUCUUGCUGUGUGUGAUUUGGCUGUUUCCUACAUUGCAACAAUGAAAACAU